AUGAAAUAAUAAAAUAAUAAAAUAUAAGAAAAAAAUUAAAUCUAAGAAUAAUAAAAAGCCUUUGAAUUAUAAAAAUAAAAUAAAAAAUAAUAUAAUUAAUAAUAAUAAAUAAAUAAAAAUAAUUAGUAGGAUGAUAUGUAUAUUUAAUAAUAAUUAUCAUAAGUAUAAGAAAUAGAAUAAUAAUAAUAAAAGCAAAAUAUUAAUGAUUAAUAAUAAAAAGAAAAUAAAACUAAAUAAGUUGAUAUAUAAUAAUUAUAUUAGUAAAAAGAAUAAGAAGAUAAAAAAGAUUAGUAAAUAAUUAAUUAAAAUUAGAUAGGAUAACAAAAUAAAAAUUAAUAAAUCUAAAAAUAGAAUGAAUAAAAUUAAGAUUCGUAAAAUUUGAAAUAAUACUAAUAAAUAUAUAAUGAAGAUUAAAAUAAUUUGAAUAAAAAUGUGUAAAAUAGCACGAAUAAAUAAUAUAAGAUGAAGAAGAACACGAAAAAAUAUAAGAAGAGGAAGAACACAAAUAAAUAUAAGAAGGAGAAGAAUAAGAAGAACACGAAUAAAUAUAAGAAUAAUAACAAUAAUUAUUAUAAGAACAAUAAUUAUUAUAAGAAUAAGAAUAAGAAUAAGAAUAAGAAUAAGAAUUAGAAUAAGAAUAAGAAUAAGAAUAAGAAUAAGAAUAAGAAUAAGAAUAAGAAUAAGAAUAAGAAUAAUAAUUAUAAUAAUAAUAAGGAAAAUAAUUAUUAUAAGAAUAAGAAUAAGAAUAAGAAUAAGAAUAAGAAUAAGAAUAAGAAUAAGAAUAAGAAUAAGAAUAAGAAUAAGAAUAAGAAUAAGAAUAAGAAUAAGAAUAAGAAUAAGAAUAAGAAUAAGAAUAAGAAUAAGAAUAAGAACAAUAAUUAUUAUAAGAACAAUAAUUAUUAUAAGAAUAGGAAUAAGAAUAAGAAUAAGAAUAAGAACAAUAAUUAUUAUAAGAACAAUAAUUAUUAUAAGAAUAGGAAUAAGAAUAAGAAUAAGAACAAUAAUUAUUAUAAGAAUAAGAAUAAGAAUAAUAAUUAUAAUAAUAAUAAGGAAAAUAAUUAUUAUAAGAAUAAGAAUAAGAAUAAGAAUAAGAAUAAGAAUAAGAAUAAGAAUAAGAAUAAGAAUAAGAAUAAGAAUAAGAAUAAGAAUAAGAAUAAGAAUAAGAAUAAGAAUAAGAAGAACACGAAUAAAUAUAAGAAGAAGAAUGCAAACAAACAUAAGGAGAAGAAGAAGAAGAACACGAAUAAACAUUAGAUGAAGAAGAAGAAGAACACGAAUAAAUAUAAGAAGAAGAAUAUGAGAAAAUAUAAUAAGAAAAAGAAUAAUUAAAAGAAUAACAAGAAGAAAAAUAAUAACAUAAAGAUUUUUAAAUAUAAAAAGCUGAACAAAAUAAAAUUUAAGAGUAUCAUUAAUAUAAUAUAUAAAAUAAAUAAAGAGAAGAUCAUAAAUAAUAUAUUUAGAAUGAAUAUGAAGACAAAUGUUAAUAAUAAAAUAAUAGAUAAACUUAAGAUAUGA